CUCUUCAGGAAUGGGGAGCUGUGUGGUACCACCACCUCCUCUGCCUACUCCUACACCCUGGAGAGACACGUGUGUCUGGGCUUUGUCUCGCCGCCCUCCCUGGACGGCUCCCCUGCCGCGGUGACCCCAGACUUCAUCAACAGGGGAGAUUACGAGGUGGAUAUAGCAGGACAGAGAUACCCAGCCAAGGCCAAGCUGUACCCCUUCAGCUCUCUGUUCGCCCAGCAGAGACGACGCAAAGAUGAGAUGGAGCUCAGUAACUUUCAGGGCAAAUGAGGAGGAGGAAGGAAUGUAGGAUCUAAGAAGAGGGGUCUGAGUGAAGGGUGAACUCCUCCAGACAUGACCCUUUAACCUUUCUCUCGCUCCACCCUUCUGGUGCCGAUCUGUUCUCUGCCUCUCGCUCCCACGCUGAAGGGAGUACCAUUUAACGCACAAUCAAUCCCCUGCCCCCAUCCCUCUCUCCCCUUCUCUUUCAUAGUGCAAUAUCUACAAGAUACCAAAAACUCCAGAGUUGUCUGUCUGUCAGGACUGCCUCCCC